AACAUUGAUAAUAGUGGCAAAAACACAGAUCAAUAUUCACAUGCUAACUGCAAUAAACUCCAAAGAAAUUUACUAUGCAUAUUAACCAUGUGCUCUGAUACCAAUUGUUAGAAUUUUUUAUGGAUCUAAAUAUGCAUAAUAAAUUCCAUAAAUCAUAAAUUACUAACCUCCAAACGCAGCCAUUGGUAAAUUAGAUCUUUAAUCCUGCAAAAUAGAAAACAAUAUAAAGUAGUGCCUAUGGACACACUACUCUCAAACCACUCUCAAAUCUCUGAAAACCCUAAUAUCAAAAAUACCGUAUGGCAUCAAUUGUUUGCUUGCCCUAGACCUUUAAAUAGUCUCUGCAAGUCAGACUUAUCCAUUAAUUUUGACACACGUAAAAUAAUAAUAAUUUGAUAAUAUAAUUAUACUAGGAAAAAUAUGGAUAAGUCAUUGGGCUUAUUAAGAGAGUUGGUCCUCCAGUCCAAUGGGCCAACUAGAGUCUUAUAGAGAGUGUGUGACCAAGGGCCCUACUACAAAAUAAUAAAAUAAGUCAGUCCCAUUAAUGGCAUAAAUAGGCCCUGUAAGUGAGUAAUUGAUUAUGUCAAGUCCACAAAUAUUAAUUUAAUUCAACAAAUUGCUCAUGGAGUGGAAGAAAUAUACGAUGUGGAGCCAUUAUAUGGUGAUGAAGGUUUUCAACUCUUUACCUGGAAGGCCGGCGUCGAAGAUGUUCAUCGUCUUUCAGAUGAAUAUGAAGAAUAUAAAAGGUUGUCUCAACGUGUGGUAGCAUAUGCCAAUGGCCUUCCAUUAGCUUUAAAAGUCUUGGGUUCCUCUUUACGCGGAAAAUAUGUAGAAGAAUGGAAUGAUCGGUUGGAAAGACUCAAAAAUAACCCGAACGAGAAGAUUAUGGAAGUACUUCAAAUAAGCUUUGAUGGACUGGAGGACAAAGACAAGAAUAUAUUCCUACUCAUUGCUUGCUUUUUCAAGGGAAGUGGUCACAAAGACUUUUUGCCAAGUAUACUGGAGAAGAUCGAUCUUCCAAGAAUAAGUGUAGGAAAUCUUAGUGAUAAUGACAAAGACUAUGUUACAAGUAUACUGAAGAAGUGCAGUUUUAAUCCAAUAAUUGGUAUACGAAAUCUUGGUGACAAAUCUCUCUUGAGCAUUAAAGAUAACAAAAUCUGGGUCCAUGAUUUAUUGGAAGAGAUGGGUUGGAAGAUUUUGGAGAAGAAAUCACUUACAGAGAAGCUUGGAAGAGAAAUUAAGUUGUGGAAUGUUUCAAAUGUCUCAUAUGUUUUGAAGAAUUGUACGCAUUUACCCAAACUGAGAUCUGUCCGACUAUUUGGCUGCAUCAAUCUUACCGAGAUAUUCAACGACUUCACACUGGUUCCAAAUCUAGAGGUGUUAGAUCUUGGUCACUGUCGGAAGUUGUCAAAGAUCGACCCAUCCAUUCAAUUUCUUGGAAAGCUUAUUCAUUUGGAUCUUCGUGGUUGCAUUAGUCUGGAAAAUCUGCCACCCAGUUUACGUGGUAUGGUAUCUCUUAAAAUUCUUUAUCUUGGAGGUUGUCAUACACUUCGGGAUUUACCAAAGGACAUAGUGUGUUUGAAGAGUUUGGAACUGCUAAAUAUCCAAGAUACUGCAAUAACACAUGUGCCAAUUGCUAUUUUGAAAAAUCUCAGAGAACUAUUCUUUGACCGUAGUUCUCGUUUCCAUGAAUGGCAUCAUCCAGGAUCUUUCGCGGCAUUGGAUUACAAAAGACUUUCACGACGGCGUUCUAUUUAGGUCUAGCAAAAU